UUAUUUGAACCCAUCUUCGCCUCAACAGCCUCCACGGACUGCAAACGAGCGGCGUUUAUCCAGCGGUUUGGAGGACGAUAAGAUGCCGGUUCUCUCCUCAGGAACGGGUCUACAUGAGGUCCUGGCUCUUCUGACAGCACAACUGAGGCCAGAUGCCAACCUCAAGGAAGAGAUCAGUUUCCUCACCGAAGUCUUCAGUGAGAAGAGUUUCAACUCGCUCAUGAAGAUCCAUGAGAAACUGAGGCAUUUCGACCGACACACACCGUCACCCACCCUGUACAGUGCUGCCACCCUGGUGCAUGAACUCUCAGAGGAAUUACAGAACGGACCGAUGGGCAACGACGUGAGUGAGCUCCUGCAACUACUGGCCAAGCCACACGUGAAGGCCCUGCUCACAGCCCACGACACAGUCGCCUGCAAGGCCUUCGACCCCGUGCUGCCCCCGAUGCCUGACGACGUGGGGGAGGAAGAGGAGGAGGAAUCAGUGAAGAUCGUGCGUCUGGUGAAGGACAAGGAGCCACUGGGCGCGACCAUCAGGAUGGACGAGCAGACCAGCGCGGUUGUGGUGGCGCGGAUCAUGAGGGGUGGGGCAGCCGAUCGCAGCGGUUUAGUGCACGUUGGUGAUGAACUGAGAGAAGUCAAUGGGAUCACAGUGGAGAACAAGAGCCCAGAGGAAAUCAGUCAGAUCCUGGCUCAGUGCCAGGGCUCGAUAACCUUGAAGAUAAUCCCGGCGCUCAAGGAGGAGGAUCGACUGAAAGAGAGCAAGGUCUACAUGAGAGCCUUGUUCGACUACGACCCGAGUAAGGACAAAGCCAUACCCUGCAAGGAGGCAGGACUCCCGUUCAGGAAGCUUAACAUCCUUCAGGUCGUGAGCCGGGACGAUGCAGUGUGGUGGCAAGCCAAGCGUGUGGGAAAUACGAACCUCCGAGCUGGACUGAUCCCGUCGAAGCAGUUUGAAGAGCGCCGAUUUAAGCACAGGAGAGCAAUGGCUUUGGAGCAACAGCAGGAAAUGAAACAGACACAAUGUGAACAAGCCAACGAGAGAGAGGACUGUGACUGUGAUGGAUAUUUCAAUGGGCUUCACGUAGCCGGGUUGCGGAGAAGUUUCCGGUUGAGUCGGAAGGAGAGGCGGGUGAACCAGAGCGAGGCGAAAAUGUCAGAGCCCGAGGAGUUGCUGGAGGUUCCCACCUACGAAGAGGUGACUCGGUAUCACCGUCGCCCGACUGAAUACCACAGGCUUGUGGUCCUGGUUGGUUCCUUAGGGGCGAAGAUUAACGAAAUGAAGCAGAAACUGAUCGCGGAGAAUCCAAACCGCUAUUGUGUGGCAGUUCCCUCCACAACUCGGCAAAAGAAGGUCCACGAGAGGGAAGGGGUGGAGUACCAUUUUCUCUCCAAGUUGACAUUCGAGGCGGAGAUUCAGAGCAACAGGUUUGUCGAGCACGGAGAGUACAACAAUAAUCUGUACGGAAUCACUGUGGAUUCCAUCCGGACUAUUCAGUUGAAAAAGAAGAUCUGCCUGGUGGACGCACAGCCCAGACCAUCAAGAAUCUCAGGACCCCGGAAUUCAAGCCGUACGUGAUAUUUAUCAAGCCCUUCAUCCAGGAGAUGAGGACCGCCCCGUCAGCGGAUGAAACACC